CAAUCAGCUGAGCCCAGCGUGAGCAGCAUGGAGCCGCAUUCCUGCCAUCUGUCCUGUGCGUGCCUCUGGGAUCCUUCACGCUCGGUCCUGACUUCAUUAGCGGUCCUGUAUCUCCACAGCAUCCCGCUCAGCGCCGCAGCCACGCCGGCCAUCCUAGCAGGAAAAGUUUAAUGCUGGGAACUAAAUACGUCGUCUUUGUUUCCUGAUCGGAUGCUAUUUACAAGAGCAAUGAGGAAGAGGUUGGAUGGAGAUUAGCUCAAAGCUGUCUCUAAACAUUCAUACUCUGCGUAAAGGCUAAGAAGAGGACAUGAUUUGUGUGCAGACAGGACUGUAUAUAGGGGCUGCUUCAGACCUGAAAGACUGUCAGAGUUUGACAGCGGAUGGUAUAACUCACGUUCUCACGGUAGAUUCGGAAGCACCAAACCUUCCCGGGUGCUUUCAGAGCAAGUUUGUGUAUGCCCUAGACGAGUCCUGCACUGAUCUGCUCAGUUCUCUGGAUGACUGCGUUACGUUCAUCUCAGAAGCUUUUGCUAAUCCAUCUUCUGCAGUCCUAGUACACUGUCACGCAGGACAAAGUCGUAGUGCAGCAGUGGUGACUGCAUUCUUGAUGACGUCUAACAAAGUGAGCCUGAUGACUGCAUAUACUACACUCCAGAAAGUCAAGCCUGAUGUCAGAAUUAAUGAUGAGUUUCUGGACCAACUGGAAUUGUAUGAGAUGAUGGGGUGUGAAGUGGAUUUCAGUAGUCCAUUGUAUAAGCAAUACAGACUGAAGAAGCUCACAGAGAAAUAUCCAGAGCUUCAGAGUGUACCAAAGGAAGUGUUUGCUGCUGAUCCAACAACUAGUGGACAGACAAGGGACAAUGACAUCAUUUACAGAUGCAGGAAGUGUAGACGCACCUUAUUUCGGAAUUCUAGUAUUCUAAGUCACAACGCUGGAACUGGACCAACAGCCUUUGCUCAUAAAAAGAUAGGUAGUACAAUACAACAUGCUGGGAGUGCAGCUCAAAGGCAGUGUACGUCCCAUUUUAUUGAGCCAGUACAGUGGAUGGAACCGGCACUGCUUGGUGUUCUCGAUGGGCAGCUUCUGUGUCCAAAAUGCAGCUCAAAGCUGGGCUCUUUCAACUGGUACGGCGAGCAGUGUUCAUGUGGCCGAUGGGUGACCCCGGCCUUUCAGAUCCAUAAGAAUCGAGUGGAUGAAAUCAAGCCCCUACACGUGCCUGGACUCCUGUCUGGAAACAGCUAGCUUGGAUGUGGAAGACUCUUUCCCUGCGUCUUUCUCUCUUCGUUUAAACUAAAGUUUACACCGGGAAGAGAACAUUGUCAUACCUGUAAUUGAACUGGAAAGGUCACGUCUUCCCACAACAACAGGCUAAAACCUCAUCGAAGAAAAUUCUCCAAACUUGUGCUCUGGGUUAUCCAUGCAGUACACAAAGAGCUUUGGUUGAUGCAUUUUUUAUUUCAGCUAAUAUAUUCUAGACAUAAUAAAAUACGUGCCUUUGUAACAACGCCAUAGUUUAGUAGCUUUUUAAAAAAAAUACAUGGGUGCUUUUGGCAGAAGUAUAAAUAAAUAAUGCAAUUCACCUUCCAAUUAUAUAUCACAAUACAAAUAAAAUCUAGACGUUUCAAGCAC